CGAGCGACUGAAGGAUACGUUAGAGUCAAAAACAAGCAGCGUAUCGUAGUAGGUCAAAAAGUUUGAGGAAUCACCACUGAUAAAUCCUUGUCUAGACAAUGAACUGGACCUCUGGGGGAACGUAUGAAGUUCAGGAUUUAUGUGAUGAAGUGAUGGUUUGUGGAUUAGCUAUGGCAUUUUGUGAUAGGAAACAAAGCUGAAGUUGUUUCUGCAGAAUGUUGGAGUCACAAUUGUGGCUUUUAAUAUCUGGAGGUUUUCUUGGAGAAAAAUCUAGAAAGAAGUCACACAAAAUUAUUAAAGCUCAUAAUUUUAUGGAGAAAACAUUUGCUUUUUUUGAAGAUGACCGGGAGAAGCGGUAAAAACUUGUUCAAGUAUGUGUCUUUGCUUUUCAAAUACAUUUUAAGCAGCUCUUAGGGAUUAUAUAUGCAUAUCAAUGAGGAUAAUCUUGCUUUAAAAUUUCAUAAACAUUCUGAAAAUGA